CAAAGAGUUUUGCAUAGACUUGAGUUCAAUGGCCAUGGCAACUGAUCAAGCUUGCCAAGACAGUUGCAAAACAAGCAAAGAAGUUCACGAAGAAGGGAAUUCACAAGGCAUGGCAAUUGGUAAAGCUUCCCAAGACGGUUGCAAAACAACCAGAGAGUUCCACGAAAAAGGGACUACAGGAGGCAUGGCAACUUAUAAAGCUCCCCAAGUUGAUCGCAAAACAACUAGAGAGGUUCACUCAGACGUUGAUCCAAAAGGCACAGCAUCUGAUAAAGCUUCUCAUGGCGGUCCUGGACACCGACGAAAAAAACUAAAAAUAAUACAAAAAAGGGGCGGUCUUGGACCACUUAAAGGUUUGCCACUUCGAAGUUUUAGUUCUCAUUUUUCAUAAAUCUUGUGUUGACUGC